AUGAGUGAAGAUGAUGGCAAAACAUUGCAGUUAGAAAUAGAUAAAAAAUGUGGAGAAGAUAGACAAGGGUGUAAAUGUACUAUUAGACCCGACAGUAUAGAAGCCAAGAAGGAUGAUACUAUUGAAAAUGUUACGGACUUUGUUGCUUACACCCAUUCCAAUAAAACAGCUUUCACCCUUCAGAAAGACCUAGAUGGAGGUGAAAGUCUUGAAGGAGAUGAGAUUGAAGAUGUUAUGAGCGUCUCCAUCUAUUACUGGAGUGGCGAUAAGGCUUUUCAAAAACCUCUCCUUAUUGAGGUUAUAAAAUAUGAUGCACAGAAAAUUUACUAUAAAAGGUCUGAGGAUGGUGAGAAUGAUACACGCAUCUGGAAAAAGGAUGCCAGUCACACAGGAGGAGCAUCCCUACAGGCCUUAUUGGACGAUCAAAAUUGUGCUCUACACAAUGUCAUACCGUUUGUUCUGGAUGAUAUUACAAAGGGCAUAGGCACAACUUCAAACUGUGCAAAAGAAAAGGGUGUAGAGUUUGUUAAACCAUAUACACUCCCCGGAAGUGAUCAUAUAGGAACAGAGUAUAAGCUUAAUGGUCUAGGUACGGGGAUUUCUAGAGUAGAAUAUCAAAAGAACAAAAUUGGUGGUAUCGAUAUUCCUACUGAUGCCCUUGACGGAAUAAAAUUAUAUUCCUCACCCGUAAAUGGUAAUGUACCCCUUAUGCUUAACUUUAAAUUACGGAAUGGAGAUUAUAGAUGGUAUUAUAGCAAAACUAAAGACGGUCAGAGUUGGGGAGAAGAUGGUGGAAAUGGAUUAUAUAAUAGUGAUGGUAAACCCACUGAAGCUCUUACCAACAAGUUGGACGGGUUCGCUUGUCAGUACCAUAAUGGAGUGACAGUUGAUUUAUCCCAUGAUAGAUCUACAUCGUCGGAUCAUACAUAUUGUUGCAGCGAGCAUGCAGGUAAGGGUGGUAAUAGGAGAGUCACUGUCACUACCCAAGAUGUGACAUUAAGUGGCAAUUCAGGGCAACCAAUUAAAGUUUACAAGCAUUCCGUUGGUGGUGGUUCAAAAUUAGCUGAUAUAAAGUUUUAUCAUAAUGGUGAUGAGAAUCAGAGAAAACACAUCCAAUCCAACAAACUGGGUUUUCCCAUGACUGGUCCAGUAGAUAUUUACACAUUCUACUCAGGUAAUAAUCCAGUGCUUAUCUAUGUUAACAAUAAUUCGGACACUAGAACUUCUGGAUGGUAUAGGAUGCAAAGCAAGGGUGGUGAGAAUAAACGAUGGCUAAGAAUACCUCGCACACUUAAGAGCAUCAAGCAGAAGAACAUAGAAGGUCGUAAUCUUGACUGUAAACAAUGGACUGCACUUGGAGGGGUGUUAAAUAAACAUGGUACCCAAUUUCAAGCCUGCACUCAAGAUGCUGCUAGACAAGGGCUAUCACGUACUGAACCUGAAGAUCGUACGGAAGAACAAGGCUCUGGUGAAGAUGACGAAGAGGCAGAUAGUGAGAAUGAUGAAGAAUCUGAUGAAGACACUGGAGACUCAUCUCACGAAGGUGACGGUGAUGAGAACGAUCCAGAAAAGAAAAAAGGGUUUGGUCCUGCUAGUCCUGUCGGUCCUUUUCCUGGAUAUAGAGAACCUUCUGGUGAAACUUGUGAAAAUACUCAAAAUGUUGCUAGUAGUCCAGGGAGAGGAGAAUCUAGUUGGUUACUUGGUUGGUCAUUUGGUUCAUUUUUGUCUGAUAUUCAAGAAGCUGUUGCUAGAGGUAUUGGUCAAACAUUACUUAGUGCUCCUGCUCAAGCAGUUAAUGCUCUAGCACGACUCCCAGUUCAACUAGGUGCUGCUACUACAUCUGCUACUUCUGGAGAAGGUCAUUCUCCUCAUACUUCUGCUCCUACUACUCAACCUCCUGAUGCUAGUGAUGAAGCUCAAGCUGCUACUGAAACUGGACUAACCUCUAAUGUUGCUGAAACUCCUAAAGCUGAAGCUCAUGGUAAAGGUGGUCAUGGAGGUUCUCAUGAAAACUCUUCUAAUAAUGAUUGGAAAGUAAUUUUCGGGGGCUCUGCUUCUGCCACUGUAGUUUCUGGUUCUAUUACUGGAUUUGGUUGGUGGGCAUUUAAUCGCUAUAAAGGAGAUCCUUGGGUUAGAUACGGAUAUCCUAGAGUUUUUAAAGAAUGUACCAUAUUGGGUAUGCAUAGGUCCACUUGUGAACUUUUGGUUCAUAGGAGAAUGUCCCAUUCAUCCAUACUGACUAUUCUGCUCACACCAGUUGAGACAUUAAUGGAGUACUACCAUUGA